UGUAGGUAAAUCUCGCACCCUUGGUGAUUCCACGUUACCUGUUGCGUCGAAGAGAGUCGCACUAUGCUUGGAUCUGUGUUCAGAUGGAACUAAACCGCAGUUAAAGAGGGUUGUUGGCGUUCGCACAGAAUCGAAAUCUCAUUCCAUGCCGAUUUUAAGUUGCAUCCACAAGGAGGCAUUAGCUUGAAUAGUUCUAGGGCAGUUUAGGCCCUGUACCUCAAGUAGUCUAGGAACCAAGAGGAUUAUCUCCGACAUGGUAGAGUGAUCUCAAGUGACAUACGUCUGAGAUAGAGUGGUCGGUUGUUUGGGAAGCCACGUUUUGUUUUAGUGAUGCAGCAGUCAGCUGAUUGAACUGCAGAGUUGGCUGGACGGUUUGAUUCGUUGCGAAGUGUAGCUUAGAUUGAGUCCGUAGGAGAAGGAUCAUAUCGUUACUGGAAUUAAACGUCGGAAUUGUAGCCUAGACGUCAAUAUUCCUUCAAUAUUGGAUUCGAUCCAGACCGAAUUGAUACUCUGACUUCGUGCGUGAGCGUCUUUCGCAUCAUUUGUUUGAGUAAAAACAUUUGAGCUGUACAGUUCAGGAGGAUCGGGUACCACAGAGAUUGAGAGAAAAAGGUUGUGUUUUUCUAAUUUUAUUCCAAUUAGAGUAGGCUCUCAUUCCAUGUUGAUUGCGGGUUCGAAUUUUGCAAGAUGACGACUGCUGCAGAGUGGAUAAGUGUUGUUGGAUGUGUAUCGCUGCUGCUGCAUGUUGUUAUUGGUUUCAAUGUGGAUACCCGGACGGCGGUGGUGCAUUCUGGCGAAAGACGGAGUAUGUUUGGAUUCUCAGUGGCGCAGCACAGGGACCAGAGCAUGAAAUGGAAGGAUAGUUCAACCAAUGACAAGUGGGUUUUAGUAGGGGCCCCGGAAGCCCAGACCAACCAACCGUCCGUAACAAGAGCUGGUGCCUUAUACAGAUGCAAACCAGACGACCCGAACGUAUGUGAGGCUAUUCCAGUGGACACAGAAGGCCCCGAACUGCUUUGGAAUGGUCGAAAUGAGAUGCAGUCAGAGGACAAAUCUUUUCAAUGGUUAGGUGCAACUGUUGAAUCCGGAGCUCAUGGCGUCAUCUUGGCAUGUGCGCCACGUUACGUCUACUUCUCACGACAGUUCGACAAGAGGGAACCGGUUGGGAUGUGUUGGGUGAAUAGAGGAACCUCCACCAAGUUUGAAAAGUAUUCACCUUGCAAAACAAGAGUAGACUACCUCCGGAGCGUAAUAAACCAACAUCAUAAAUUCGGCAAAGCUAUGGUCGGGAUGUCGGCUAAACUGAGUAGAGAUGGCGAUCGUCUUUUGCUCGGAGCUGUAGGAAGUUACUAUUGGCAGGGGCAAGCCUUCCUCUAUGAAAACCUGGACUCCGUCGACUUGAUAGAAACGCCUGAGGGGCCUUUGACGGACGACAACAGUUAUCUGGGUUUCUCAAGCGCAACUGGCGAGUUCACUGGGGACACUAUCCCAGAUUACGUAUCUGGAGUACCAAGGGGAGACAUGUUGAAAGGAAAGAUCGCCAUAUUUGACAAUUUGCUCAACGUGAUGCAAAACAUCUCCGGUGAUCAGCUCGGUUCAUAUUUUGGCUAUGCAAUAGAAGUAGCCGAUUUAAACGGAGACGGAGCCGAUGACAUCAUUGUCGGUGCCCCGUUUUACUCUAACUACCACGACUAUAAUGAUAGGUCGAGGGGUUAUGAGACCGGCCGUGUCUACAUCUACUAUCAAAACGCUAGAGACGCGCCAAAGCGGUUCUCCGCAGACAAACACGAUGCAAUAGGCGGCGUUGGGUCUCGAGGUCGAUUUGGUCUCGCCAUGGCCAACAUCGGUGACAUCAACAGAGACGAGAUACAGGACAUCGCGGUUGGGGCGCCUUAUGACGGGGAGGACUUCAAGGGCGCGGUUUAUAUAUUCCACGGGUCGAAGAGUGGUAUCAUUGUCAGACAUUCACAGGUGAUCCACGCUGAGGAUGUCUCUCCGCAGCUGCAGGCUUUUGGCUUCUCCGUCGCUGGAGGAAUGGAUCUUGACACCAAUGAAUACCCCGACAUCGUGGUGGGAGCUUAUGAGUCGGAUAGAGCUGUUGUUCUUAGAUCUCGCCCGAUUAUCAAAAUGUCACCUACCUUAGAAAUUCUGCCGGCAGUCAUCAACUUCGUAGAUACAAAAUCUAACUGCCGACUCAAGGAUAGAACGAAAGUUACAUGCGUUACAGUGAAGACAUGCGUGAAUUACACCGGAGCUGGUCUCCCGUCGUUUAUAAAUAUCAAGCUUGAUUGGGAGUUGGACAUUAUGGGCAACGUGAAGAGAGCAUUCUUCCACGGGCGAAAGGAGGGGCAGAGUAAAGAUGACAGGUCGAUAAGACUCAAAGAGGGCCAGACGUGGUGCAGGACGCCACAGAUCUAUGUCAGGAAAGACAUCAAAGACAAGUUGACCCCGGUGGUGGUUGACCUCAGGGUGACAGUACUGGAAAAGGCUAACCCAGCACCGGACGAGCUUAUACCAAUUCUGGACCAGUAUGCAAACACUCAUGUUCAGGCGAAGGCCCACGUCCGCAAGGAGUGUGGACCAGACAACGUGUGUAUACCAGACCUGAAAGUCCGUACUAAGCUCAUUACGGAGUUCUUCAUCAUUGGAAGCGGCCAGGCUGUGGAGUUUACCAUAGAGAUCGACAAUUAUGGUGAAGAUGCCUACGCGUCACAGGUUACGGUGGAGUUUCCCAAAGGAACAGGGUUUAUAAACGUUUAUAAUAUACAUUCGCAAACCGAGGUGACUUGUUCUACGAUGGAAAUGAACGUGACAUAUGUGAUUUGUGAUAUCGGCAAUCCACUAAAAGCUAACAACUCGGUUGAAUUCUCUCUGCGAGCUUCUACCAAGAACGUCAACGGUUCAAAAAGUUCAUUAAGCUUCUUACUGAAUGCUAACAGCACCAACAAGGAGAACAUCGACACCAUUGACAAUAAUUUAGGAAAGUUGGAUGUACCCGUCCGGGUUGUCAACGAGCUCAUGUUUACUGGUAUAUCCAACCCAGAACAAAUUCCCUUCAAUAGUACAGAGGCGAAAAAACAAAAAGUAGUUGCACAUGAAAAAGACAUCGGUCCUGAAGUCAUCCACUUAUAUCAGCUUCGGAAUCGAGGACCGAGUGAUGUCGGUAGUGCUAGUCUACAGCUGAUCUGGCCGAGCGAGCUCCAGAACGGUGACCCCUUACUCUACCUCACCGAGACCCCUCAGAUCAUUAAGGGGGAGGGAAAAUGUAUGACCACAAAUGUCAAUCCUUAUAAUUUAACCCUUGAAGAUAGAUCGAAAAACAAAGACAUAGCCAAUACGUUAGCAUCAAUAGAUUUAGGAGCUUUUAAGAAGAGAAGUAGAACAAAAAGAGCAUCAGAUUUAGUUGAUAAACUUGUAUGUGAUUCCAGUUGGUGCACAGUGAUAGAGUGUAAAGUCGGUCCAAUGAGAAGUGGUGAUAGCAUGCUUCUUCAAAUAAGAGCAAGAGUUUAUAUCAGCACGCUAGUCAAGUGGGAGCUAAAUGACGUCAUAGUGAUGUCAGGAGCAAUAGCCCAGGUCAUGAAAGUCCCCUAUGACGUCAGACCUAUAGAGUACUCUAUAGAUGCUUAUCAGGUUGGGACGUAUAUUACUGCCGCCAACAUCGACAAGCAUGAAAAAACCAUUCCACUGUGGGUGAUAGCCCUGGCAGCCAGCAUAGGAGUCCUUUUACUGAUAUUCAUAAUUUUAUUACUUUGGAAAUGCGGUUUCUUCCAACGUAAGCGAGUCGAAGACGAGGAUGCUAUUAUGAUGCAAACGGCCACGUACAAUAGCAAGUCCAAGACACCAUUAAAAUCAAAUGGGUACAAUUAUGACUUCGAUGGGAGCGAAAUUUGAGUCGGCUCUACCGAGUAUAACUCAUAAUUUUGUCAAAUAAAUUCACCGUCAUUGAAGAUCACGCAUUAUGCCUGGGAAUUACAAUUAAAGGGAUGCUCGUGGACUGCAGCAGUUGUGUUUACUGCAGGAGUUGUGAUUUAUUGCGAAAUUAGAGCAGAUACAGAUGCUGAAAAUUGUGAGAUUACAACUGUGUUGUUGACAUAAUUUUAUCAACUAACGCCUGGACCCAGUUGUUCAGAUACCGUUAAAGGCAAACGCCGGCGUUAGCUCAACCGACUUCAGUAAAUUUCAUUUGCAAUAGUAGCGUUAGGACUUAAUGCUAACGUUACUGCUAACGCCGUUUGAGCUACAGGACCCUGGACUCAACAUUGUGACGCCGCUACAACUUUUGGUACUUUAACGAGGUAGG